AUGAUACAAGUCCUGAUCAACCUGUCGGUUUAUUCUGUGAUAACAACUGGAUGUCCUGGAGAGCUGGAUCUGUUGACUUUGCGGAAAGUUCAUCUUCACGAGGGCCUGUCGGUGAUCAAGUUACUCCAGUUACUGUCCCUGGUGGGGAGACUUUCAGACUGCAGUAUCACUGAAGAAGGUUAUAAAGCUCUGGCUUCAGCUCUGAGAUCAAACCCUUCACACCUGAUAGAGCUGGAUCUCACAGGAAAUGAUCCUGGACAAUCAGGAGUGAAGGAGCUCAGUGAUUUACUACAGGAUCCAAACUGUCAACUCAAGACACUGAGGUUUUUGGGUCCUGCUGCAGAUGAAGCCUGUCAGUAUGUGACUGGAAUUGUGGGUAAAAACCCGUUACUCCUGAGAGAGCUGAAUCUGAGUGGACGUGAACUAGGAGACACACGAGUGAAUCAGAUCGCUGCUCUACUGCAGGAUAAACACUGUCAACUCAACACACUGGAUCUGUGUAGAUGCAGUAUUACAGAGAAACAGUGUCUCAUCCUGACUUCAGCUCUGAAAUCAAACCCAUCACACCUGAGAGAACUGAACCUGAGCAGGAAUAAACUAGGAGACUCUGGAGUGAAAAACCUCAGUGAUCUACUGAUGAACACACAAUUCAAGCUGGAGAAACUAGUUCUGUGUGAUUGCAGUAUUACAGAGAAACAGUGUCUCAUCCUGACUUCAGCUCUGAAAUCAAACCCAUCACACCUGAGAGAACUGAACCUGAGCUUCAAUAAACUAGGAGACUCUGGAGUGAAAAACCUCAGUGAUCUACUGAUGAACACACAAUUCAAGCUGGAGAAACUAGAUCUUUAUGGCUGUGGAAUUACAGAUGUUUCUUCUUUAACUCAGUCUUUGACAAACACAAAAGCACUGCAGUUUCUAAAAGAGCUUGAUCUGAAUGAGAAUAAGAUUGGAGACUCAAAGCAGCAGCUCAUUGAUGUGCUACGAGACUCAAACUGUAAACUGAUCUCUUUGGGAAACCUAUCCAGCGUUGGUCAAACUCUUCUAAAGUGAAGACCAAGCAUGAUCUGCCAUGGAGAGGGCCUGGUGUAGAGGCAUUGAAGUCAAAAUGACACAGUGGCUUUUUUGGUGAGGAUGUUGUUGAUAAAAGAUGCUCCGGAGACCCUGCAGGCCUUAUCCCUGUUUCUUCAGAUAAGAGAUGUCACAGGGGUCAGUGCUGAUUUUGAGGUGGGCAUUGCACUGAGUACACUGCGGUCCAUGAGACAAGCCGAUGGUGUGAACGCAAAAUGCAUGAAUGACGAAUUUGAACGUUUCCACAUGUUCAAGGGUGUAAAAGUGUCUCAACCAAGUGACACAGACCAUCUAAAGGCAGAAGUAUUAGGUGAAUGAUUUUUGGUUUCUCUGACCUGAGCGCAGGCUGGAUGACGACAGAAUUAUUUCUGCUGCAGCUGCUCUAACUCGGUCAAAUUGUCCAUCCGAUAAAGACUAGCACAUCCUAUUUAGUGAUGACAACUUUUCACGAUACACAAGACUCUUGCUGUUGAGGCCACAUCAAGUCCCAAACGCCUCAAGGAAUUCCACCAAUUUAACCCUUUAACUGAUGUCUCUACCGUACGGUUGAGAUAACUUUGAUAGGGAAUAAAUCUAUCAAAAGGAAGAGAUGAGAGAGCAAUCUUUGCACAGCUAUAUUGCCCCAUCUCUGUGUCUGCUUUUUCCAUGGAGGGAUGGGAAUUUUCAAUCUCACUUUUCAAGUGAGAGCAUCAGUUUACAAACUUCAGUCAGUCACACAGAAGUGAGAUUGGUGCUGGUCAGUCAUCAGAUAAUAGGGUCAAACAAGCAAUCAAGGAAGUAGGGAUAAAACCAUAAAGUUGUUGUGAACAGGGUAGAGGGUAAAGAACAGAAAUAUAGCAAAAUAUAU